UGAUAAUUUCAGCUGGUCUUGACACACAGGGAUUAAUGGCGUUCAGCUCAAAAUUUUGUCGUUUUUAAGCCUUCAAUCUUGGCGUAUUUCAAACUCAAGUGGUGGAUUUAAAGGUUAUUACAGGUGGAGGUGACAUUAUCGGAUCGAGAAGGUGGUUUUGUAGCUCUUAAAUGGACAACUCUGUUGUAUUUUAGGAGGAUAAUUCCUCCCGUUCCGGCUUUUUCUUUUGUCGCCGACAUUCUCCGACUGUGACCGGUAACAAAGCCCGUGCAGGGCCCACGGUGCAGAGAUCGUUCAUUCAUUUAGUCCAGCUGCAAGUGCAACUCUGAUUUUUCUGAGUACGAUAGUCGAUACCGUAACUUCCGUAGCUUCGGCCUUACCUUCGUCGGGGUAUUAAGCCGACAAAUUAUAGCGUUUCGCCUGCACUAGGAGAUAGUCUUGAUCUUGGUCGACGUCCACACCACACAAAUUUUUCUCAACUCCACUAGUCUCCAGUCAAGGAAAGGCAAGUCAGCCGGGGAAGAGAAUGGCAGAUAAAGGUGGAUCAAUUGACCUGAAAUGGGUGACAUUAUUUGAUAAGGAGAAGGAGAAGGCCAAGACUGCUAAGAAAGAGCAGAUGAAGGAUGACAUCCCUAAUCUUCCAGAGAUGGGCGGUGGAGACGGGAAACCAGCUGGGAAGAAGAAACUGUCGGUGGAACGCAUCUACCAGAAGAAGACUCAGUUAGAGCAUAUCCUGAUCCGUCCAGACACAUAUAUUGGGUCUACAGAGCCAGUUACAGAGACGAUGUGGGUAAUUGACAAUGGUGUUAUGGUGAACAGAGAUGUGACCUAUGUACCAGGCCUCUACAAGAUCUUUGAUGAAAUCCUUGUAAAUGCUGCUGACAAUAAGCAAAGGGAUCCAAAAAUGGACUGCAUCAAGAUCACUUUGGAUAAGGAGCAGAAUCUCAUUAGAAUUUGGAACAAUGGGAAAGGUAUUCCUGUGGUAGAACACAAAGGAGAGAAGAUGUUUGUACCAGAAAUGAUCUUUGGGCAUCUCCUAACCUCAAGUAACUAUGACGACGAAGAGAAAAAAGUUACAGGUGGUCGAAAUGGGUAUGGAGCUAAACUGUGCAAUAUCUUCAGCACAAAGUUCACAGUGAUCACAGCUUGUAAAGAAUACAAGAAGAAGUUCAAGCAGUCGUGGCAUAGCAACAUGUCCAAGACAACCCCACCAAAGAUCUCUCCAUUUGAUGGGAGUGAUUUUACUGAGGUGACCUUUAAUCCUGACUUGUCGAAGUUUAAGAUGACAGAGCUUGAUGAUGAUACCAUGGCUCUUCUGACCCGGAGAGCGUAUGAUAUUGCAGGAGCCAACAAAGGCCUCAAGGUCUUCUUGAAUGAAAAGCGUCUUCUAGUAAAUGGCUUCAAAUCCUACGUGGAUCUCUACGUCAAGGAUAAGGAAGACGAGACUGGAAAUCGUCUCAAGGUCAUUCACGAGCAGGUGAACCCACGCUGGGAGGUGUGUGUUUGUCUGAGUGAGAAAGGCUUUCAACAGGUCAGCUUUGUCAACAGUAUUGCAACAACCAAGGGUGGUCGUCAUGUAGACUACGUUGCAGAUCAAAUAGUAACCCAGAUUAUACAGACAGUGAAGAAGAAGAACAAAGCAGGAAUCAACAUCAAACCUUUCCAGGUCCGUAGCCAUAUUUGGGUGUUUGUGAACUGCCUAAUAGAGAACCCCACCUUUGACUCACAGACCAAGGAGACCAUGACACUUCAGGUCAAGAAGUUUGGCUCCCACUGUAAACUCAGCGAGAAGUUUAUCAAAGCGGCUUCCAACUGCGGGAUAGUAGAGAAUAUUCUAUCCUGGAUGAAAUUCAAGGCUCAGAGUCAGCUGGACAAGAAAUGCCACACCUCCAAGCAUUCCAAGAUCAAGGGUGUCCCUAAGCUUGAUGAUGCCAACAGUGCAGGGGGCAGGAACUCAUCUCUCUGUACACUCAUCCUGACUGAGGGAGACUCUGCCAAGUCACUGGCUGUCAGCGGGUUGGGCGUGGUCGGUAGGGACCACUUUGGGGUAUUCCCCCUCAGGGGAAAGCUGUUGAAUGUCAGGGAAGCCUCUCACAAGCAGAUCAUGGAGAAUGCUGAAAUCAACAAUAUCAUCAAGAUCCUGGGUCUUCAAUACAAGAACAAAUAUGAUUCUGAAGAGUCCCUCAAGACUCUCCGCUACGGGAAAUUGAUGAUCAUGACUGAUCAGGAUCAGGAUGGUUCUCAUAUCAAGGGUCUCCUAAUCAACUUCAUCCACAGCAACUGGCCUCAACUUCUACAGAGGGACUUCUUAGAAGAAUUCAUCACACCCAUCGUCAAGGUGAGCAAGGCCAAUGAGACGACGCUAUCCUUCUAUUCCCUCCCUGAAUUUGAGAGAUGGAAGAAUGAAAAAGACAACUGGAAAACAUGGAAGAUCAAAUACUACAAAGGUUUGGGUACGAGUACCAUGAAGGAAGCAAAGGAAUACUUCUGUGACAUGGAUCGUCAUCGGAUCCCGUUUGAAUACACUGGACCGGAUGAUGAUGCUGCUAUUGUUCUUGCAUUCAGUAAGAAGAAAGUGGAGGAUCGGAAGGUAUGGCUGAGUGAAUGGCUAGAGGAAAGGAGAAGCAGGAAAGAAACAGGACUUGGAGAGCGCUACCUUUACCAGACAGAUACUAAGAAAGUCAGUUACAAUGAAUUCAUCAAUAAGGAGCUGGUUCUUUUCUCUAAUGCUGACAAUGAGAGAUCAAUCCCAUCCAUGAUCGAUGGUUUGAAGCCGGGGCAGCGUAAGGUACUGUAUACAUGCUUCAAGAAGUAUGAGAAGAAAGAGAUCAAGGUGGCCCAGAUGGCUGGUGCUGUGGCUGAGCUUUCAGCUUAUCAUCAUGGUGAGACAUCUCUGAUGAGUACAAUUAUCAACCUGGCCCAGAACUUUGUUGGUAGCAACAACCUGAAUCUCCUGCAGCCCAUUGGUCAGUUUGGUACCCGCCUUCAUGGAGGAAAGGACGCUGCUAGCCCUCGUUAUAUAUUUACUCAACUCAGUCCCUUAGCAAGGCUUGUCUUCCCUGCUCACGACGACUCCCUCCUCACCUACAUGUUUGAUGACAACCAGCGUAUCGAACCAGAGUUCUAUGUUCCCAUCAUCCCAAUGGUUCUUAUCAAUGGCAGUGAGGGUAUCGGUACGGGAUGGAGCACCAGGAUAAGCAACUAUGAUAUCAGAGAGGUCAUGGCCAACGUCAAAAGACUCCUUGCAGGAGAGGAUCCUAUUCCAAUGCUUCCAUCCUACAAGAACUUCCGUGGAACCAUCGAGGAGUUUGAGCCCAAUCGUUUCGCUGUUAACGGAGAGAUCGCAGUGACAGACAACAACUCGGUAGAGAUCACAGAGCUGCCUGUCAGGGUCUGGACCCAGAACUACAAGGAAUCCGUCCUGGAGACCAUGGUCUAUGGGACAGAGAAGGUCAAGCCAUCUAUCACGGACUACAAGGAGUACCAUACAGACACCACGGUCAAGUUUGUAGUGAAGAUGAAUGAGGAAAGGUUGAUGCGAGCAGAAGACGAAGGCCUUCAUAAGAUGUUCAAACUACAGACGACAUUCUCACAUGCUAACAUGGUGUUGUACGACAGCCAUGGUUGUAUUAGAAGGUAUGAGAAUGUUGAGGAGAUCCUGAGAGAAUUCUUUACCUUGCGAAUGGAGCUGUAUCACAAGCGAAAGGCCUACCUUGAAGGCAUCUUGGAGGCUGAAUCAAGCAAGCUCAACAAUCAGGCUCGAUUUAUCAUGGAGAAGAUAGACGGCAAGGUGGUGAUAGAGAACAAGUCCAAGACAUCCAUGAUCAGUCAGCUGGCCUCUAGGGGGUAUGACUCGGACCCUGUCAAGGCCUGGAAGGAAGCCCAGCAGAAGACUGUGGAGGAUGAGGAUAGCUUUGACGAUGCCGCAAGUGAUUCGUCAGAGGCUGGCUCUGGACCCGAUUACAACUACCUUCUUGGAAUGUCCUUGUGGAGUCUGACAAAAGAGAAGAAGAAUGAACUGCUGAAGCAGAGAGAUGAUAAGGCUGCCGAGCUGAGUGCUUUGAGGAGAAAGACUGCCAGUAUGUUAUGGACCGAUGAUCUAAAUGCUUUCGCAGCAGAGCUUGAUAGGGUAGAAGCCCAAGAGAGGGAAGAUGCAUCCUCAGGCGUGGCAGCGUUAUCAUCCAAGAUGGCGAAGGGUAAAGGUAGCAAGAUCAACAAACCACGCAAACAAAAGCUGCUCACAAGAGAAGAAACCAAGCCCUCACCGUACGGACGACGUGUAGUCCCACGUACAGAUAAUCUCAUCAAGAAGCCAGCUGGUGAUGGAAGGAGAGGCAGGAAACCCAAAGAAGUGGACAUAAAGAUGGAGGAAGGUUCUGAACUUUCUGGACUCCUGGAUGAUGACAAGGAUUCAGUUGCACUAUCGGACAAACCGGCUGGAGCCAAGCCUAAAGCAAAGACGGCCAAACCCAGAGUGCCCAAGGAACCCAAAGAACCAAAAGCACCUAAAGUACCCCGAAAACCCAGACAGCCAAAGGCCCCUGGGAGCGUAAAGGGUAAGAAGGGGGCCAAGAAAUCCAAGUGUAACCCUUGGUCAGAUGAAUCGGAAGAAGAGGCGAUGGAUGAUAUCACCAGCGGUGAUGCCGCCCUCGCUGCUAAACUGGCGGCACAGGGGGACAGGGGACCUAGAAGGGCUGCUGCAUCGGCCAAGAAGAAAUACACUUACAGUGACGAAGAAGAGAGCGACCAGAGCGGGGACUCCUACAUCACCGCUGCUGCACGGCGAGAGGAAGUCACUUACCAUGAUGAGAAUGAUCUGGUUGAUGACGUCACCAUGUCCCAACCCCCGGAGAUGUCUAAUGACUUCUCUGAUAAUGACAUGGAGAACAACAGCGAUGCAUCCUUUGAUGUGGCCCCAAAGAAACCCAAGAAGAAACCCGCUCCAAAGAAACCUGCAACUAAGAAACCUGCCAAUGCCAAGAAAACCUCCAAACCUGUGAAGUCGUCAAAAUAUAUAGAAGUCGAUAGUGAUGAUAGCGAUGGCAUGUUGAAAGAUGAAUCAAGUGACCGGCUAUCUAUUAACAGUGAUUCAGAUGCAUCACCUGUACCAAAGCCCAAGGCAAAGGCAAAGCCUGCAGCCAAGCCCAAAAAAGAAACAAAGACAACAAUGAGCAACGCCCUGAAGAGAAUGAACGCACCGAAGAGGAAAAAGGCAUCAGAUUCAGACUCGGAUUCAGCUCCUCCCAAACCAAAGAGCAAGUACGUGGACUCAGAUUCCGAUGAUGAUUUUGGAAUUUCUAAAGCUCCUCCAAAGAAACUUCCCAAAGCAGAGCCUAAAAAUCAAGCAUUGAAGAAGACUCAUUCGUGGCUGUAUGGCUCUGAUGAUGAUGACAAGGACGAUGACAUCAGAGUCGAGACGAAGAAGACAGGAAACGGCACCAUGUCUUCUGCCAGAGGUAGUAUAGGAGGAUCCAAGACGUCAGUGAAGUAUACCUACUCAGAUUCAGAAGAUGAUUAGUUGCCCAAUCACCUUGACUUUCAUAAUCCUUAGUUUUGUGAUAGCUAGUUCAAAAAAUAGUCUUGUCAUCCUGUGAUCAGGGUGUCGUAAUACAAACCUCAGUGAUUGAUCGCAGUGCUUAUUUUAACAAUGAAUAAGUUUGAUUACUAUGUGUAAUCAGUCGUAAAUAAACUGUAUGAUCAAUUGCAAAGCUUUGUGUUAAAGUUACAAGGGUCUACAGUAUCUCCCUGCUGAAAGUACAUUUUGAGUUAUGAGAUAUUUCAGAUCCCCCGAGGCUGCCUCAUCUGUUGUGAAGGUAGUGCCUCAUGAAAUCUGUGGAUGAGAUUUUGUCUUCACUUGCUUGAUUCAAACACACUAGCACUAGCUGUUCCUGAGGCAUUCAUACUGCUCAUCCAACUGAUUCCUGUGUUCAGAACUGUGGGCAGCUCACACUCUAUAUGGCCUUGUCUGUAGCUUUUGCGAGAAUGCACUACCUUCAAGUUUCUAUGUCCCAAGUAUUGUCCAUACUCGGUAUACUGAAAUGCUCAGCUCAGUGCAAUGCUCAUUUAAACAGAAAGUCUGAUAAUUAGUCACAUCCAGGGCUAAUGACUUAGCCUAUAUAUGUGUCUGUUCUAUUUUUAUAUGGAGAAAAAUAAUGCAUACCUAAUAAUAGGUACUUUUUUAUAACAUCCAUUCAUCAUUAUUUAUUUACGCUCAUUAAUAUGCUGAAAACUUUCCUUUAAUUGUUGUGUGUGGGUGAUUAAACCUACCUUUGAACCAGUUUGUCAAUCAAUUUUAGUGAUAGACAAUUUUUAUUUGCUUUUUUAUCAGAUUGUUUGAUAAACUAGAUUUUAAUAUGAAACUUUUAUUCUUACUUCAUAUGGAAGUAUCUUCAAUAAGGUUUGAUCAGCCAUGAUGUGAAAUUAUAUUCCUCAAUGGAUUGACGAGAUUCCAAGUCACCUCCAGUGAAAUUUGUAGUGAUCAUUGGACAGAAAAAUUUAGAAUUUAAUUUAAAAAUUCCCUUUGUUCAUUUAUCCAAAUGAUACAAUCCUUUGUGAUGAUAUAUCUUUAAGGUUAUGAAAUUUGCAACAGUAGUGCAGGACAUUGCCAAAAUGAUUGAUUGAUUAUGGAAAAUUAAGAAAGAAUUCAUAUCUUUCUCCGUCAAGUCCAUUUUAAUCUAUGUCCCUGUCUCUCCCCAUCUUUAUUUGUCUCUUAAAUGUGUCUUGUCUCUUUUAUAUUCCUAUCCCAAGUCAAAUUUUUACUGUUUUAUUUCUCUAACCACUGUUACCAUUUUACCACUGUAAAUAUUAUAAAAAUGUGUAAAUAUGAAUGUUGUAGGUAAAAAGGUAUUUGGUUGUGACAAUGAGCUGUAUAUAUGCAUUUUUUUUUUUACAAAGCAAAGUGGGGCUUUUGUGUGCAUUCCACUAUUUCUUGCCCGUUUCGCUGUUCAUAAUAGUAUUUUGAUGGAAUUUCCUUUUUAACCACAUUUUGAUAAUCAUUAAAAAUGCAUUUUAUUGAAAUAUUAAGAUUUUAAACAUUUUUAAAAGGAUAUCAUUAGAUGUUCUUUCAAUUUUGAGAAUCACCUAUUGCAUAAACAAUAUCAACUUGUUUUACUGUGUAAUUGUCUUACAAUAUUUAUGUACUGCUCUAAAUUAUUUGCGCAUUGUUAUUUAAGAUAUGACAGGAUAGUGCAAUUGCAUUCCUUUGUAGUAUUUCAUAUUACCGGUAUAUAUUGCUGAUCUCACUUUCAAUUUCAGUAACAAUCAUUUUAAUCAGUUUUUAUGCACAUCCCUAUAGAUAUGUAGUCUUUUUAUAUAACCAAAUUAGUGAGCUUUACUCAACCUUUGUGUAUAGAACUCUGCCAGUUUUAUUUUUUUUAUUAUUUCAUUUUGAAUUGCUUCCUAUGAGCACUACUACUGGUUAGUAGCUGAUAAUGGAAAUUCUAUUGCAGGAAAUUAUUUUAAUUUCAAAAAUUGUUAUUAGCAGUUUGGGUUGUUCGAGAAGUGAUUGUAACCAAUUCUGUUAGGUCCUCUGUAAAAACCUGCUAUGCAAUACAUUUAGAGUAGCAGUCAUAUAAAAAACAUAGAGAGCAAAGAUGUGAUGCACACAAAAAAUGAUUCCCUGCUAAUUCAUGCAUGAUAAAUGAAGGGGGGAUGUAUAGCAGUGUUUUCCAUUGAGCUAUUUAUGCUCUUAACAGAUUUAUUUCACAUCCUACAUCAGCAAACUGACAUCUUGAAUUUCAGUAGAUAAAAUCAAGAUGUGAUUUGCAAUGCUCAUUAAUAGUGAUAGCUCAUUUUCUUGAAUUGUUUAACAAAUGUGGUAUUAUCUGUACCUUUGAAUUUAGGAUUGUAAAUGAGAAGAAAAUAUGGCAAGGAAUAUUUUUGUAUUUGCAGUUUAUAUCAAUGUCUUCUUAAAGUAUAAAUUUUAAAAUUUCUCAUGUAUUCAGUUGCAGAUUGAUUCUGAAAUCAACAUUUGAUUAUUUCAUAACAUAUUUAGAUUGGCCUGUGAAUUCAUGCACAGGUUAAAGUGUUUGAUAGAGGCAGGAAUUUUGUGAAUGUAAUAUUUGAUACAUGAGGCUGCUGUUUGUGGACCAGUCUGCCUAAAUACCGACUAAAUAUUAAAUUAAAUAUGUGGGUUGCAAGGGCCAACAUUUAUUUAUUACCGGUGGUCAGAACAGAGACCUUUUGUGUUGCAUGCAAACUUUAACACGUCUGAAUGUUAAAAACUCUGUAUGUUGUUCAUACUUUGGAAGAAAUCUGUGCCCCAUUCUUGUAUUUAUACACAUCUCAAAACAAAGAUUUUGCAUUUGUAA